UUGUUGUGCAAGCAGAUGCUUGACGCUGUCGCGCUUCGGGCAGUUGCGGCAGAGGUGCUCGGUGCUGUCACAGAUCCAGCACUUGAGGCGCUUGCCAUUCUUGCCCUUGCCGGCCUUGCCGCCAUUGCCCGGUGCGUCUUUCGACGCCUUCGUCUGCUUGCUCUUGAGGCUCACGCCGGUCUGCACCGUUGGCUGCGCCUUCGGCUGCCCGGUCGUGGCCUUCUUGCCCUUGUUCUUCUUCUUGGGGAUCGGGACGAACGACACCUUCUGUGCCGCCGCCACCGCCCCGCCCGCCUCAGCCGCCGCACUGCUGGACCCGCUCUUGGAGCCCUGCUGCUGUGCAGCCGACCCUGUGAAGUCGGCCCACUGGCGGCACACCUUGAGGAGCGUCAAGCAGUUGGUCUUGGCGGUUGGAUCGAUGACCAUCGCCUCUCGCACCCGACCAAACGACGCCGGCAGCUUGGGGAUGAAGAACUCGACCAUCUCUCGGUCGGCGAUCGGGUCCACUCCUUGCAGUUGACGCAGCUCGUUCGCGCGCUGCACCACAUGCAUGAAGCUCGUCACCGCCUCCUCGAAGGUCCCCUUUGGGUCGGGCUGCCAGUUCACCACCCAGGCGAAGGCAUCCCCCCAGGCGCCAGCAUGCGUUGGCUGGAACGCCUCCAUCAGCGCGUCCCAGGCCGCAGCACCGUUGCCCGCUGGCACUUGCUGGACGACAGCCAGUGCCCGCGGAUUUGUCGGCUGCUUCCCAUCGUUGAUGCCCAUCAGUGCAUCGACCAACUCCGCGUGCAGAUGAGCAUUGUCUGCAUCAUACUGCCGCGUGCCGUGGGUGGCUCGCCCGGCCUCACGCUGGCCCUUGUCGAGCAGGUAGCCGAUCUUGGCCUGCAGGCACUUGCUCUGCACCUCAAACGCGAACGUGGGGAAGCCAUUCUGGUCGCCACUGAAGGUAUGAAGCUUGAGCUUCUUACGCUCCAGCAACGCCUCCGAUGCUUUCUUCGACACCACGCAUGCGCCAGUCAGCUUGCCAGCCGUAUGAGCCUGCUGCAGUUCAGCGAGACUGGUGAAGUGCGGGAGGUCGUCCACAUUGAUGUAGGCACCGAUGUGUGACGACAGGGCAGCAGCACGACGUGCAGCACGCUCCUCCUCCGACACCAUCACGGCAUCGCCGUCUCCAGCGUUGUUGCCGUCACCUUGGCCAUGCUGGCCAGCCUCACCGCCAGGCACACCGCCAGGCACACCGCCAUUCGGUGCUGCUGCAGCCUCACCGCCACUCGGUGCUGCUCCAGCGUUCCCGUCGCCGUUCGGCGGGACCUGUGGAGGUGCCUCACCGCCUCCGACACCCUCACCACCUCCGCCCAUCACGACAUCCUCAGGAUUCGUGUCACAGCGGGCGGAGCGCCAGUGUCCAUGGCUCAGAUCGAUCUCACUCAGAUCAACCGCUUGUGUCCUUCUCCCCGCAGGAGUAGCCAAGUGGGCUCAUAACCAGUUGCGUAACACAGUGGUCAAGCGAGUUAUCGGCUAACGCACACCAAGCACAAAGAGCCUUCACGGAACACGCAAGAGUCUUUUGUCC